AUGGCGCAGCAGCUGAUCAGCGGCGCCGGCUACGUGCCCGAGGACGGGCUCACGGCCCAGCAGCUCUUCGCCUGUGCCGAUGGCCUCACCUACAAUGACUUCCUCAUCCUCCCCGGCUACAUCGACUUCACGGCUGACGAGGUGGACCUGACGUCGGCCCUGACCCGAACCAUCACCCUGAAGACGCCGCUGGUGUCGUCCCCCAUGGACACGGUCACCGAGGGGGACAUGGCCAUCGCCAUGGCUCUGAACGGCGGCAUCGGCAUCAUCCACCACAACUGCACGCCCGAGUUCCAGGCCAGCGAGGUGCGCAAGGUCAAGCGCUUCGAGCAGGGUUUCAUCACGGAGCCGCUGGUGAUGAGCCCGGCGCACACCGUGGGGGACGUGUGGGACGCCAAGGCCCGGCUCGGCUUCUCGGGGGUCCCCGUCACCCACUCGGGGCACCUGGGGGGGCGGCUCGAGGGCAUCGUCACCUCCCGUGACAUCGACUUCCUGCGCGAGAGGGACAGGGCCACCCCCCUGGCCGAGGUGGGCGUGGGCCCCCCGGUGCCCGGCACCCCAGGGUGCCCCGCGCUGCCCCCGUGUCCCCGGGGAAGCUGCGGGGUGGCAGCUCCUCGCUGCUGGCCACCCUCGCCCUGCGCCCGGGUCCCUCCCGGCCGGUGCCCGGGGCGCCGGCGGGGCGGGGGUGACUGUCCCCGCGCUGUCCCCGCAGGGAAGCUGCCCAUCGUCAACAGCCGGGACGAGCUGGUGGCGCUGAUGGCGCGCACGGACCUGAAGAAGAACCGGGAGCACCCGGCGGCCUCCAAGGACGAGCGGAAGCAGCUGCGGGUCGGGGCCGCCAUCGGCACCCGCGAGGACGACAAAUACCGGCUGGACCUGCUCGUGCAGGCGGGCGCCGACCUCGUGGUGCUGGACUCGUCGCAGGGGAACUCCCGGUACCAGCUCAGCAUGAUCCGCUACAUCAAGGCCAAGUACCCCGAGCUGCAGGUGGUGGGGGGCAACGUGGUGACGGCGGCCCAGGCCAAGAACCUGAUCGACGCCGGGGUGGACGCGCUGCGCGUGGGGAUGGGCAGCGGCUCCAUCUGCAUCACCCAGGAAGGUGGGUGGCACCCGGGACCCCUGACCCCACCCUGGCACCCCUGGACACGCCUGCAGUGUCCCCACUGUGCCCUUCGGUUACCGAGAGGAGGCUGCCCUGAGGAGGGGUCCCCCCGGGGCGGUGCCCCCCGCCCGGAGCCUGCGGGGACCCCUCCGGCCCCCCGACACCGGCGCUGCUGA